AUGAUAUUCCACUUGUCUCUUUUAGUUGUCCUCAGUCUUUUCGUAUCUCAGUGCCACGGCGCCUGUGCGGAGGUGGACUCCAAGACUGAAGCCGUGGCAGGAGAAGGAUUCCUGCUGGGCUGCAUCUCCUGUAAAAGAAGAGAAGAGGUCGCUGCCCGGGCCACCGUAGACUGGCACUUCAAACCACUGGGAGAGGAGAAGUUCAGGCAUAUUUUCCACUAUAACCACCCGAGUGCUGAGAUCCUGCACGAAGACUUCAGCAACCGUCUGGAGUGGCACGGCACACAAAACAGCGAUAUUCAGAUAGGAGCCAUUUACAUUCAUAACGUCACCUUCAAUGACACGGGGACGUACCAGUGCAUCCUUCAACGCACCCUCUUCCUGGAGCUGGCUGAUGAGCACGUCACUGUGGAGAAGGAGGUGGAGCUCAGCGUGGUGGCUGUGGCCAAUCGGGAGCUGACAGCAGUGAUCUCAGAGAUAAUGAUGUAUGUACUGAUCGUGGUUCUGCAGCUGUGGCUCAUUGUGGUUCUGGUCUACUGUUACAAGAAGAUUUCAGCAGAGCACGAGGCUCGGGAGGCCCGUAAAGCUCUUAAGGAUCAAGCAGCACUGUUAGAAUCAAAGGACAACUGUGACGGGGUGCAGUUAGAGUAA